AAAGUAGGUAAACUUAUGUAGGUACGAUGCAUAGGGAUGUACCUACCACGAUCUCAAAUGAGGUCAACUUUUAAAUUAAUUGCUAUCUAUGGUAGCGAAAUGAAGUGACUUGUUGAAAGUAGUGACGUUUUUAAUUAAUUAAAUACUUAUAGAUAGUUUGAGAAAAAUCAAUAACAUGGUGUGAUAGUACGAAGCAAUAAAUAUGGGUUGUUUAAGAACUGUUCGUGCUGAUAAUAUGUACAACUUACAAGAUCUGAAGAAAUUGAGCAGGAUAUCAUCGUUGUAUCAUAUGCAAUAUCGACAUCGUAAGUUAAAUACAUAAGAGUUAAGUUACCAUGGGGGAGGCGCUGAGUAAGUUGGUGUCGGCGGGCGGCGUGCAGGGCGGGGGUUCCGUUCUCGACCGAGUCAUUUCCCAGCCCAGUAGCGAAGACCACACGGUGCUUUAUAAACUCGCCGAUUAUAAAAAAGGCGGUCUGCUCCUCGAGACGUAUGCUAAGGGUGGCAUGAUGGCUGCGGAGAAGUUGAUCCGCGAUGAGUUUGCAGCGUACAUGUAUGCCGGCGGCAGGGGACGGGUUAUCAACCGCGCAGAGUACCUGCGGUGGAAGUUCAGGGAUCAGGAACAAGUGGUGUUACCAAUCGAAGCGUCCCUCUCUCCUCACGACCCUCUUGCGAAGUGGGAGGAUCACACGGCUUGUUGGCAAAUGUGCUACCGAGGCGCUCUGGGAGAGUCACUACUACAUGUUCUCAUCAUUUGUGAUACUAAGAUUCACACGAGAUUAGCCAGAACGCUAGUGAAAUGCUUUCCGAGACUGUCGCUAGAUGUCGUGGAGGGCGAAGAAUAUUUAGGAGCCAGUUCUCUGCACCUGGCUAUAGCUUACAGCAACAAUGAGCUCGUCCAAGACUUGGUAGAGGCAGGAGCUGAUGUCAACCAAAGAGCUAUUGGCAGUUUCUUCCUACCUCGCGACCAACAACGCGUGCCACCAGCUAGACAGACCAACUACGAAGGCCUGGCGUACUUGGGCGAGUACCCGCUAGCCUGGGCCGCUUGUUGCGCCAACGAGGGGGUAUACAACCUGCUUUGUGAUUCUGGGGCAGAUCCUGAUGCACAGGACUCUUUUGGAAACAUGAUAUUGCAUAUGGUGGUCGUUUGCGAUAAACUGGACAUGUUCGGAUACGCGCUCCGUCACCCGAAGGUCCCAGCUAGUAAUGGCCGGAUGAACCUGGCGGGCUUCACUCCACUGACCCUGGCCUGCCAACUGGGCCGAGCAUCCGUCUUCAGGGAGAUGUUAGAACUGUCCGCCAAGGAGUUCUGGCGAUACUCCAACAUCACCUGCUCUGCUUACCCCCUCAACGCACUGGACACUUUAUUGCCUGAUGGAAGAACCAAUUGGAACUCGGCGUUGUUUAUUAUCCUGAACGGUACGAAACAAGAGCAUCUGAACAUGUUGGACGGAGGCAUCAUUCAGAGGCUGCUGGAGGAGAAAUGGAAGACAUUUGCUAGGAACAAAUUCUUAAAACGUCUCCUAAUCUUGAUGCUGCACCUCCUCUUACUAUCACUCUCGGUAUACCUCCGACAUAGCAGUGCAGAGGCCGAUGCCCACCCAGAUUGGGGGCUGGAAAUAGGUGAUGCUAGGAGUGGGAUCCGACUAGCCAGUGAACUGGGAACUAUAGCCAGUACGCUCUGCUAUAUCAUACUACAGCAGGGCGAUGAGCUGAAGAAUCAGGGCCUGGUGGCUUAUUUUAAACAGUUGAUCCACGAACCAGCAAAGUUCAUCUUCCUGAUAUCGAACCUGUUGCUGUUAGCGUGUAUACCAGCACGUCUCAUGAGACAGACGAUGUUGGAAGAAGCGUUACUCAUAUUUCUACUGCCUGGAUUCUGGUUUCUGCUCAUGUUCUUUGCUGGCGCAGUGAAGCUGACGGGUCCGUUCGUGACGAUGAUCUAUAGCAUGAUCACCGGCGACAUGUUCACCUUCGGCAUCAUCUACUCCAUCGUGCUGUUUGGCUUCUCGCAGUCCUUCUACUUCUUGUACAAAGGUUUUCCAAACGUGCAGUCCACGCUGUUCUCAAGCUACCCCAGCACUUGGAUGGCGUUGUUCCAAAUUACGUUGGGAGACUACAGUUACACAGACCUCAGCAUGACAACGUACCCGAAUUUAUCAAAGACGGUGUUCGCAAUCUUCAUGGUGUUCGUGCCCAUUCUGCUGCUGAACAUGUUGAUAGCCAUGAUGGGCAACACGUACGCCCAUGUCAUUGAACAGUCCGAGAAGGAGUGGGUCAAACAGUGGGCGAAGAUAGUAGUAUCCUUGGAAAGGUCGGUGGCCCAGGAAGAUGCCCACAAGUACCUGCAGGAGUACUCCAUUGGUCUAGGACCGUCUGAUGAUCCUCGGUACGAAGUCAGAGCUGUCAUGGUGAUUAAGAGCGCCGCCAAAACCAGAGCUAAGCAGAGAAAAGGUGCAUUGUCUAAUUGGAAGCGCGUGGGUAAAGUGACGAUAGCUGAGCUGCGUCGUCGCGGCAUCAGUGGCGAGGAGCUCCGCCGGCUGAUGUGGGGCAGAGUGUCCAUCUCCACGCCCACUAAGGCUCCUUUAGGACGUAGAACAGCGGCCCCGCCCCCUGACGUGACGACAGCAGGAGUGCCACUGGCACCCGGCUCAGGCGCUGAAGGAGGCGGAGUGGCGCCCGCACUCUCCUCCGCUCUAAACGUCAUGGCCUUCACACAGGAAAUGAACCUGGGGACUGCCGGAACUCCUGGCCAAGACCACAAGCAACCCACUCCAGAUUUGUUAGUGAAUGGCAAAACAGCACCCAUAGUGCCCAUAUCAGGGAUUACUUCGCAACCUUUUGUGGCCACUCCUAACCAACUCAGUGUACCGUCGUCUUUCCCACAAAAUAAAACAAGUCUAGAAGCUCCAAUGAUGGGUGUUUUACCAGUAGCUACAACCACAGCUCAAAUGCCAACAAUGGGAGUACAAACGAUGUAUACUGGCGUUCAAACUCCGUUGCCAGGAGCUCACAUGCCAGUAACUGGCGCUCAAAUGCCAUUAGUUGGUGGUCAAAUGGCAUACACUGGUGUGCCGACAACACAACCAAGUGGAAUGAUGCCUUAUGCUGGUGCUCCGAUGCCUCUACCGGGUGCCCAGAUGACUAUGCCACUGCCUAGUGGUCAAGUCCCAAUGAGUAGUCAAUUGCCGAUGGGAAGCCAAAUGCCAUUAAGUAGUGGACAAAUGCCGAUGGGUACUGCUCAAAUGCCGAUGGGCAGUGGACAUAUGCCAAUGGGUAGUGCUCAAAUGCCGAUGGGCAGUGCUCAAAUGCCAAUGGGUAGUGCUCAAAUGCCAAUGGGUAGUGUUCAAAUGCCGAUAGGUAGUGCUCAAAUGCCAAUGGGCAGUGGACAAAUGCCGAUGGGUAGUGCUCAAAUGCCGAUGGUAGGUGGCCCAAUGCAAGUUCCCGGUGCUCAGAUGCCAGUUCCAAUGCAGGGGCCUUAUGGAGCUAUGGGACAAAUGUACCCGAUACAGGGUCAGAUGUACGGUCCAGGAAUGCAGCAGAUGAUUGAAAUACAGGUGCAGAAACCAGUUUCCGACGAGGUGUUCCCUGACUAUUUGUUCGAGCUGAUAAAGCUGGCGGAGGACCCGGGCUCUGAUAAGUCGGAAAUCAAGGCGCUCGCUGAGAAAGCGGCGGACUUGGGCGAUGUGCCAGAAAUAGACAUCAAUGUUUCGACGGCAGCGCGAUCAGCUCGGCGCGUAGUAGCGGGUGCCGUCUCGGGACUGUUCGGGGUGGCGGCCGACGCACCCACCGCCGACACUGGCUGGAGGAGGGAGAGGAACGAAAACAGUGACAGCGAUCCCAUAUCAGAAUCAGUGUUGCUGGGGCGAGCGUCGCGGGCUCGGCGCGCGCGCUCCGCGUCACGCCGCGCGGCGCCACCGCCGCCUCAUCUAUACGUGCCUGCUAGGUCAAUGUACCUGGUUGCAUCUGAAAGCAGCGCUGUGGAAAGUGAUGUACCAUUAGAAGAAACUGCCAGUUCCGGAAAUAAUUCGGCGGUGGCUGACUCGGCUCGCAUAAGAGCAGCUCGGCCGCUGUGCAUCCUGUCAGCAACUGGUUUGCCUGCGCCAGGACAAGUGGAACAUUCCAUGUUUGUUGUGGGAGCUGGUAGUGGGUUUGACGUUGAAAGCGCGGCCCCAACCCAGGCUGUAAAUAAAGCCAUCAAAAAUAAGAGACCGAAAACUGCACGUCCCAGAAGAAAUAGGGUAUCUCCUUCACCAGUGAUCGAGGCAGGGAGUCCACUCCAACCUUGGGCGACGGCGCCGCUGUCCCGCCUGUCGCAGCUCAUCAGAACAUCGAGUGCAUCAACAGCGUCCCUAAACUCUCAUGCCUCCGCUGACGAAUCAGACUGUCUAACUCAGCAGAGAUACUAAACUUUGAAUGGGUACUUAUCUACACUGCCAUUUUACUUCUAGCAUUUCCUCUUUACUGCGACUAGCUACGUUGCACGUUUCUAUUUCAUUCUGUGUAGUUCUAUAGUUUUCCCGUGAUUUCUAGUCUAUCUAGUGUACCUUCUAUCUUUUAGGAGUUAAUGUGUUAUAUUAGCUUUAAUUUACAGUGAUACGUAACGAGUACAAACCAAAGUUUAUUUAUUGUUAGUAUGUAAGUAAGGCAGGUCCUAAGUGCAUAACUAUGUUUUCUCAUGUCUAUGUGUGAAAUAAAACAAAACAUAGUUUCAAUAUAAUUAAUUUAUUGUUUGCCCCUAACUCGCCGCUGUGGAAACCAAUAUAAUGUAAUCAAAUUUAUAAAAAAAAAAUGUGUAAAGAUGUUUACAUGAAAACAAAGUAAUU